AGCAGCGGAGGAUUGUGGGAAAUAGCAGCACCAUUAUCAUCAUCUGGAAUACAUUUUCUGCCUCUGUUGAAAAAAGAAGUAGCUAGCAAAACACAAAGAAAUCUCGACGUUCAUACCUGUCAAAAUGUCUAAACUGGCAUUGUUCAAUGUGUAUAUUACUGAACGGCUAACAGCGGUGGCUGUGGAGAUAGCCGGGGUGGUAGAGAGAACAAUAACAGAAUACCAGGAAGAAAUCUCUCGUUCAAAGGAGGAGAACGAACGUCUUCGACGUCUGCUGGAUUUCAAACUGCAUAGAACAGACCCCCAGCAGCUCACGCUCCCAGUCUCUGAAGAGGAGGUUCCCCCUGAGCGGCAGCACGGUGAGCAGAAGUGGGGCCCCAAUCUGGGGCAGAAGGACCCAGAGUCCACACAGAUUAAAGAUGAACAAGAGGAAAUCGGGACAAAUCAGGAGGAAGAGCAGCUUGAAAGGCUAGAAUCUGAUACCAACGACUCCAUAUUCACUGUCUGUGAGGAAAGAGACAGUAACCCACCUUAUCCACCCUAUCACAUGGAUUUCUCAAGCCACACUUUCGAGGUCAAAGAGGAUGAUGUGUUAUGCAUCCUCAUUCCUAAAGAGAUCAAAACUGAGCCUGAUGGAGAGGACUACACAGUAUCAGAAGCAACCAGUGCCUCUCAGUCCCUAUCAGAAGGAUAUCUAGGCUGUUCUGCAGCUCAGAGUGAAAACAGCGGAAGUGACAACGAGGUGGAGAGUGGGGGACAACCGUCCGGGUCAAAGCCACUGGAAUCAUCCAGAAAAUGGGCAAAGAAAGAACUAAGCUUCCAUACCGUUGCUGGAGGUAGGGCGACCACAAAUGCUUCUCCUUAUUGUUGCAAGUUGUGUGGAAGUACAUUUGUGUACAUUGGUCCUUUAGUUAACCAUGUGAAAAAUGUACACACAAAGCAUACGAAAAUGUGCGGUGUGUGUGAAGAAGUCUUUGAGUCCAUGGCAAGUCUGACAGAUCACCUGCAAACCCACAUAAAAGCAACACGUACUUGUAAUGUUUGUGGCAAAUGCUUCCCUAGUGAUGCUAAUCUGAGAACACACAUGGUGUCUCACACAGGAGAGAAACAGUAUCAAUGCAAAGAAUGUGGGAAAUGCUUCAAAACUAAGGGAUAUAUGAAAUUGCAUAUGAGACUUCACACGGGGGAGAAACCAUUUCAGUGCAAAGAAUGUGGAGAAAGUUUCACUUGUAAUGGAUACUUGAAAGCACAUAUGAAGUUCCACACAGGGGAGAAAUCAUAUCGGUGUAAGGACUGUGGGCAAGACUUUGACCAGAAGACACAACUGGAAACGCAUAUGUGGACUCACAGAGGUGAGAAACCACAUGGUUGCAAGCAGUGUCCCAAAAGCUUCAAGCGCAAGGAAGAACUGACCAGACACACAGCGGUUCACACAGGAGAGAGACCUUUCAAGUGCACUGUGUGUGGACAUUGCUUUGCCACCCCAGGCAACCUGACACAACACCUGACCACUCACUCUGGAGAGAAACCGUAUCGGUGCAAAUUCUGUGGCAGAUGCUUUAGAAAUAAUCCGCUACUUAAAAGUCACCUGAGGAACCGUCACAAAUUUCAUGAAAGUGCCUGAUUCUCAGAAGAUGACUUAAAGAACAAGUUAACUUUUUUACAACCAAAUCUCUAUUUUUGAUGUAAAUAGCAUGUUCUUGAAGAGUACAGACACCUUUUUUGUGAUUUUGCAUGUUUUUGAGAAACUUAAUACAAAUGGCAAAUCACUUCCUCAUCCUCGUUGUGUAGUAUGCAGUCCCUAAAAAACAGGAACAAAGGCUCGAAAAACACCCAAAUGUGUACUUUUAGUUCAUUCCGAACUUUAUCCACAAUGUUAUAUUACCUUGCACGAGUCAUUUCCCUUAUCUAGCUGUUCCAUUUUCUGUGUAGCCUGCUGCUACAUAACUGCCAAAAUAAAGGAAACACCAACAUAAAGCAUCUUAAUAUGGCAUUGGGCCACCACGAGCCGCCAGAACAGCUUCUAUACUCCUUGG